AUGGCGAUUCUCGAAACCCUGCUGCGCUCUUUGCGUAACCCGGAGCCGCUGCGCCGCAGCUACCAGCAGAAGAAUCUCGAGGGAUACGUGGGGUUCGCGAGCCUCCCCAACCAGGUCUACAGGAAGUCUGUGAAACGGGGCUUCGAGUUUACACUAAUGGUUGUGGGUGAAUCAGGCUUGGGCAAGUCGACGAUGAUCAACUCCCUCUUCCUUACUGACCUGUAUUCGUCUGAACACCCAGGCCCGUCGCACAGAGUCAAGAAAACCGUGCAGGUCGAGCAGUCGAAAGUGUUGAUGAAGGAGGGCGGCGUCCAGCUGCUGCUCACUAUGGUGGACACUCCCGGCUUCGGAGACGCCGUAGAUAACAGUAACUGCUGGCAGCCGGUGAUCGAUCACAUCGACAGCAAGUUCGAGGAUUACUUGAAUGCAGAGUCGCGCGUUAACAGGAGGCAGAUGCCUGACAACAGAGUUCACUGCUGCCUGUACUUCAUCGCUCCCUCAGGACACGGACUGAAGCCGCUGGACAUCGAGUUCAUGAAAAGGUUGCAUGAGAAGGUGAACAUCAUCCCUCUGAUUGGCAAGGCGGAUACCCUCACUCCCGAAGAGUGCCAACAGUUCAAGAAACAGAUCAUGAGAGAAAUCCAGGAGCACAAAAUCAAAAUCUAUGAGUUUCCAGAGACCGACGACGAAGAGGAGAACAAGCUGGUGAAAAAGAUCAAAGAUCGACUUCCUCUGGCUGUAGUCGGCAGCAACACCAUCAUCGAAGCAAACGGGAAAAAGGCUAGAGGGAGGCAGUACCCAUGGGGCGUGGCAGAAGUUGAAAACGCAGACCACUGUGACUUCACCAUUCUGCGGAACAUGCUCAUCAGGACUCACAUGCAGGACCUAAAGGACGUCACCAACAACGUCCACUACGAGAACUACAGGAGCAGGAAGCUGGCCGCAGUCACUUGCAAUGGCAUGGACAACAACAAGGCCAAAGGACAGCUCACCAAAACCGACUCGGUCGAAGGCAUGAGCCCUCUGGCGCAGAUGGAGGAGGAGAGGCGAGAGCACGUGGCUAAGAUGAAGAAGAUGGAGAUGGAGAUGGAACAGGUGUUCGAGAUGAAAGUCAAGGAGAAAGUCCAGAAACUGAAAGACUCCGAGGCAGAGCUGCAGCGGCGCCACGAGCAGAUGAAGAAGAACCUGGAGGCUCAGCACAAGGAGCUCGAGGAACGGAGACGUCAGUUCGAGGAGGAGAGGGUGAACUGGGAGACCCAGCAGCGCCUCCUCGAGCAGCAGAAACUCGACGCCUCCAGGACUUUGGAAAAGAAAGCGAAAAAAGGGAAGAUAUUUUAAAAAACCCGCUUGCAAGACGACUACGUUGUUCAUCGCCGCUUCCCCCGAGCUCCUGAUAUCCGCCAUGAACGCCACAUUCGGCUCACAGCUGGACGCAUACACGCAUCUGAGUAUGGACUAAAGCCAAACCCUUAGAUGUGUAUACGUACAUACACACACGCGCACAUGCCAAAAUCUAUACUCAAAUAAUUUUUUUUACGACCUGACCUCCGAUGUUAUUGAUAUGAUUUUUCUGUCAUCAUUGUUGCCUCUUAUGGUGUCAAACUAAGGCCACUCCGGGGCUGUUAAUUAAAACUCUCUCUCUCUCUAUCCUCAAACCACUUCAUUAUAGCUUCAUUAAUAUUAAUAUUUCUGCUAGUUUAUUUUUAUAUAUAAAUAUAUGUGUAUGUAUAUGUAUCCGGAGCCAGUUAAAGUUUUUUUUUUUCCUUCUUCUUCCCAUGUUUGAUUACUCAGACGGUUUUGUAAAAGAUCUGAGACAUUGUCAAGGCGAUCACGGCGAUUCUGUGGUUUUGUGUGUCGAAGCCGUGUGAAGCUACGCCUCGGCUAAAGUCUCCUGACGUACUCGAUGGAAAGACAAAAAAAAAAAACUAACCCAUAUUUGGUAAUAUGUAUUCCUUUUCUGUAUUUUUUUUUUUUAUUAUUAUUUUAUUUUGCAUUUGUAAUUGUACAGUCACUUAAUAAACGUGUGAUAUGGAGUGAGGUAAUGUUAUGUUCUGACGUUUCUACAGUCGAAGCAGUAUUUCAUUGUUUGUUUUCCUUUUUAUAAUUACUGUCCAAUUGAUUUACGUUAAAACUCCAAAUAUCCUUCAGUAAAAACCCGUCUGGACAACAUA